CACUCCGGAAACAUUUCUUUACCUCGCUAUUCUUAGACGGGCCCUUUUCGAUGUUACACAAAACAAUCACAGGUGGUUGGGAAAAAAAAUGACUUGGAGCGGUUUCGGCUUUCGUCUGAUAGAUUUCGUAUGGAUCUGAUUCGAUACGGAAAAACUAAACAGAAUCUCAUACGCGACGACUGUUUGUGCGCAUUUGACGUCCCAAAAAGGUGGUUCUGGCACUUCUACGCCACGUCGCUCGUUUGGAAUGGUCUUCUGCUGGCUUUCAGCCUGAACGUGACUUUACGACACGGUUUCUAUCCCAACUGGCUGACAGGCUUAAUAAAUAUUCUAUCUUGUUCAUCACACGCGAAAAAAAAAGCUGUACAUGUUAGCACGUUGCUGCUCCAGCUGUUGCUGUGGACGCAUUCCUUCCGGAGGCUUGCGGAGUGUCUCCGCGUCAGCGUUUUCUCCGAUGGCGUCAUCCACCUGUUGCAGUACGUCUUCGGCCUGGCGUACUACCUCCUGGUGGGGCUGACCGUGCUCUGCUCGGACGGCGAAAUAAAAGCAAGUGCGUCUCUCUUAUCCCAACUGAAUUGGUUUCACGCUGUCGGCAUUGCACUUUUCAUCGCGGCCUCUGCGCUGCAGCAUCAGUCCUUAGUGCUUCUGGCUGGACUCCGAACUGGAAAGUCAGGAAGGGUGGAAACCCUGGCUCACCGGAUGCCAAAGGGCGGCUGCUUCGAGCUGGUGUCGUGCCCGCACUACUUGGCCGAGCUGCUCAUCUACGUCUCCCUGAGCCUGGUCGCCGGGGGUUUUUCGCUGACCUGGUGGCUGGUGGUCCUGUACGUGCUCUUCAACCAGGCGCUGGCCGCGCUGCUCUGCCAUGACCACUACGUGGGCAAAUAUCCGUCCUACCCGGCGUGCAGGAAAGCAUUUAUACCUUUUGUGAUGUGAUUGUGCCAACUGGUGUGUAUAAUGUAAAUUAUGAUAAAUUCAAUUAUUUAUUG